CAUUGAUCUUAAAUUUUCUGUACUUGCUGUUGAGACGUGAUGAACUCGCCAAAUAUCCGUCCCCGAUAAUCCAUCGCCCAUUCUAUACCACGACCUCACGAAGGCAGCGAGUUGCAGCGUGUAGUCUUCAGAUGACUUGAACGCUUUUUCCAACGGCGCCCACGUCCAUUUACGAACAGGACCAGCCAUCAACCUGUCGAUAUUGCCAUACACCAUCUUGCGCUACUGUUCAGACUCCCUUGAAGCCCCUUCCAUAACAUCUGCUAGAAUUCGCGAUGGCGGACCACCACAGAGAUGUGUCGCAGUACAAGUACUCGGCUAUGUCCAACCUGGUUCUCCAGGCGGACCGCCGUUUCAUCACGCGACGUACCGACGAAGCUACCGGCGAUCCCGAAUCCCUAGCCGGUAGGCUCAAUGUGAACGACAUGGGCUCUCGCAUUACGCGCGACAACGCACCUAAAGCGAAGAAAAGGACAGGUGCGCUCGCUGUAGAGAGAGGCGACGCGCGAGAGGGGCAGGAUAUCUUGGCCCGCGAGCAACGGAAACACAGAAAUGAUGCUGCUCAUCUAAAAGGCACUGGUAUUCUUGGGCAGGCAGAUCUACUGGUCGAGGGACUUCGAUAUCAGCCACGCACUCCCGCUACACGCGCGACCUACGAUCUGAUACUGCACCUCGUUGCCAGUAACAUCGGAGAUGUCUCCCAUGAGGUUGUCCUUAGCGCUGCCGAUGCUGUACUCGAGUACCUCAAAGACGAAGAUAUGAAAGAUAUAGAGAAGAAAAAGGAGAUUGACGACUUAAUAGGGUCGAGUUUGAACCCGAAGCAGUUCAAUGAACUGGUGAAUCUUGGAAAGAAGAUCACGGAUUAUGAUACCCAAAACGAUGACGAGGAGGUAGAUACUCGCGCUGACAGGGAUGAACCAGAUGGCGAAUUAGAUGAUCGCCAAGGUGUCGCUGUUGUCUUUGAUGAAGAAGAUGAAGAUGAAGACGCAGCCAUGGCGACCGAAGUUCGGGAUGAGUCCUCGGACGAUGAUGCUGCUCUGGACGACGAUGACGAAAACAUCUCUGGCAUGGAAGAGAGCGCAGUGAACGGUGAUAGAAAAGAGGCCCGCAGGGAGGAAGAAGGCGUCGUAGCUGAUAGUGACGCUAUGGUUAUUGAUCCGGACACCACCAAAAGCAAGAAAUCCGCGUUACAUGAGAAGAACUAUAUCCCCGCUCGCGACAUCGAUGCAUAUUGGUUGCAAAGAGAGAUAGGCAGCCUUUAUGCGGAUGCUCAUAUUCAGCACGACAAAACAGCUGAUGCCCUACGUAUACUCGCUGGCGAGCCUGAUGAACCCGGAGGUGAAGAGAAACCUUUAAGAGAGAUUGAGAAUGACUUAAUGGAGUUGUUUGAUUAUGAGCACCAUGAGAUUGUGCAAAAACUCAUCGAAAACCGUGAAAAAAUUGUAUGGCUCACGCGACUUGCCAGAGCGGAGGAUGACGAAAACCGUGGAGUCAUUGAACGAGAGAUGGCUUCUGAGGGUCUUCGAUGGAUACUCGAUGAACUACGGGGAAAGAAGACCAGCGAUGCUAAAAAGAAGAUGGAAAUCAAGAUGGACAUUGAUAUGCACGACUCUCUCGACACUGCGCCUAAAGCUGAGCGGGCAGAGGGGCAGCUUGUAGGCGGCCUUCAGCCUCGCAAACUUAUCAAUCUGGAAAACCUGGUCUUCGACCAGGGAAAUCACCUCAUGACAAAUCCAAAAGUCCGUUUGCCAGAAGGCUCAACUAAGAGAACAUUCAAAGGCUACGAAGAGAUUCACGUCCCGGCACCGAAGAAGCGCAACCAACCAGAUGAUGUCAGCAUCCCUAUCACAGAUAUGCCUGAGUGGGCACGUGGACCUUUCAGUUCGGCGCAAGCUCUUAACAAAAUACAGUCAAAGUGUUAUCCAUCAGCGUUUGAGGAUGAUGGUAACAUGCUAAUUUGUGCACCAACUGGCAGUGGCAAGACUAAUGUUGCCAUGCUAACGAUUCUACGUGAACUCGGAAAACAUAGAAACCCACAAACGGGAGACAUCGACCUCGACUCAUUCAAGAUUGUUUAUAUCGCGCCCUUGAAAGCCUUGGUUCAAGAGCAGGUUGGUAAUUUCGGUGCACGGCUCAAACCCUUUGGUAUCACGGUAUCCGAAUUGACGGGUGAUCGUCAACUCACUAAACAACAGGUUACUGAGACUCAAGUUAUCGUCACUACUCCCGAAAAGUGGGAUGUGAUCACGAGAAAGGCGACAGAUUUGACUUAUACCAACCUUGUGCGCCUAAUUAUCAUUGAUGAAAUUCAUCUACUGCAUGACGAUCGUGGACCUGUCCUUGAGAGUAUCGUCAGUCGAUCGAUUCGGAAAACUGAACAGACAGGCGACCCCGUGCGGCUGAUUGGGCUGUCAGCAACUUUGCCAAACUACAGGGACGUCGCUAGUUUCCUUCGUGUAGACCCGAACAAGGGUCUUUUUCACUUUGAUGGCUCUUUCCGUCCUUGUCCCUUGAAGCAAGAGUUUAUUGGCGUCACUGAUAAGAAGGCAAUCAAGCAAUUGAAGACGAUGAAUGAUAUUACAUACAACAAGGUCAUCGAACACGUUGGGACACAUCACAACCAAAUGCUUAUUUUCGUCCAUUCUCGUAAGGAGACUGCGAAGACAGCUCGUUAUAUCCGAGAUAAGGCUUUAGAGCUGGAAACUAUAAAUCAGAUUUUAAAGCAUGACUCCGGAUCUAGGGAAGCACUGAAUGAGAUUUCCAAUGAUAUUGCUGAUGCAGAUCUGAAAGAUCUCUUACCCUAUGGAUUUGGUAUUCACCACGCAGGUAUGAAUCGAGCUGAUCGUGAUGAGGUUGAGGGACUCUUUGCCGGAGGUCUCAUCCAGGUGCUUGUGUGCACUGCGACACUUGCCUGGGGUGUGAAUCUUCCAGCACACACAGUUAUCAUUAAAGGAACCCAGGUCUACUCUCCCGAGAAGGGUAGUUGGGUGGAAUUGAGCCCUCAAGAUGUUCUUCAGAUGUUAGGCCGUGCAGGACGUCCUCAGUAUGAUACAUACGGCGAGGGUAUCAUCAUUACAUCUCAAAACGAGAUGCAGUAUUACCUUUCCUUACUUAAUCAGCAAUUGCCUAUUGAAAGUCAGUUUGCUAGUAAGCUGGUUGAUAAUUUGAACGCAGAAAUAGUGCUAGGAAACGUCCGUAGUCGCGACGAGGGAGUUGAAUGGCUUGGCUACACAUAUCUUUUCGUCAGGAUGCUUCGUUCUCCAGGACUGUAUAGUGUUGGUGCUGAUUACGAGGAUGAUGAGGCUCUUGAGCAAAAACGAGUUGAUCUCAUACACUCUGCUGCGGCUGUAUUGAAGAAGUCAAAUCUGAUUACUUAUGACGAAAAGACGGGCAAAUUGAAAGCGACUGAGCUGGGCAGAAUUGCUUCUCACUAUUACAUCACUUACGGAUCGAUGGAUACCUACAACAAGCUGAUUCAGCCUUCGAUUACCACCAUCGAACUCUUUCGGGUGUUUGCACUCAGUGCUGAGUUCAAGUACAUUCCUGUGCGCCAGGACGAAAAGCUGGAGCUUGCAAAGCUGCUUGGCAGAGUGCCAAUUCCUGUGAAGGAGAGCAUCGAAGAACCACACGCCAAGAUCAAUGUUCUUUUACAGGCUUACAUCUCUCGCCUUAAGCUUGAUGGUCUGGCUCUGAUGGCUGAUAUGGUCUAUGUCACACAGUCGGCUGGCCGAAUUCUGCGCGCGAUAUUCGAAAUUACGCUUCAGAAAGGAUGGUCCAGCGUCUGCAGGAUAGCCUUAGAUCUGUGCAAGAUGGCAGAAAAGCGAAUGUGGCCGACGAUGACCCCUCUUCGGCAGUUUGGCCCUCGUUGCUCGCGAGAGAUCAUCUCAAAAGCAGAGCGAAUUGAUGUCUCUUGGAGUAACUACUUUGAUAUUGACCCCCCCCGUAUGGGCGAAUUACUUGGCAUACCUAAGGCUGGCCGCGUAGUGUGCGAUCUAGUAUCUAAAUUCCCACGUCUUGAAGUACAAGCGCAGGCACAGCCAAUAACUCGGUCUGUACUCCGAAUCGAGCUAUCAAUCACCCCGAACUUCAUCUGGGACGAUGAAUUCCAUGGGACAGCAGAGAGCUUUUGGAUUAUGGUUGAAGACUGUGAUGGUGAAGACAUCCUGUUCCAGGACCAGUUCCUUCUCCGCAAAGAUUAUGCCAUAUCAGAGUCAAAUGAACAUCUAGUUGACUUCACCGUCCCUAUUACGGACCCAAUGCCCCCGAACUAUUUCAUUUCCGUAGUAUCCGAUAGAUGGAUGCACUCUGAGACUAGAUUACCGAUAUCGUUUCAGAAACUCAUCCUACCGGAGAAGUUUCCGCCUCAUACACAGCUUUUGGACCUGCAGCCUCUUCCCGUUGCAGCCCUGAAGUCGAAGGAUUACUCGAGCUUGUACGAUGGAUGGAAUUAUUUCAACAAGAUUCAGACUCAGACUUUCACUUCGUUGUAUGGAGCAGACGAUAAUGUCCUCAUCGGUGCUCCUACUGGAAGUGGUAAGACUGUUUGCGCGGAAUUUGCCAUUCUCAGAUUAUGGUCCAAGCCAGAAAUUGGUCGAGCUGUUUACAUCGCCCCCUUCCAAGAGCUUGUUGAUAUUCGACACGAAGACUGGCAGAAGCGCCUUAGCCAUUUACGUGGUGGCAAAGAAAUCGUGAAGCUUACGGGUGAGACAGCAACAGAUCUUAAGUUACUUGAGAGAGGUGAUCUCAUACUGGCUACACCUAGUCAGUGGGAUGUCCUUUCGAGGCAAUGGCAGCGACGUAAGAACAUUCUGACCGUUGAACUCUUCAUCGCUGAUGAGCUUCAUUUGUUGGGAGGCACACUGGGUUAUGUGUACGAGAUUAUCGUAUCUCGCAUGCAUUACAUUCGAACUACAGCCGACUUAGCUAUGAGAAUUAUUGGCUUGAGUGUUUCACUUGCCAAUGCUCGAGACUUAGGCGAGUGGAUUGAUGCAAAGAAGAAAGAUAUCUAUAAUUUUAGUCCCCAUGUUCGACCAGUUCCCUUGGAACUACGACUUCAGUCUUAUACCAUUCCCCAUUUCCCGUCGCUUAUGCUCGCAAUGGCAAAGCCCACCUAUCUUGCAAUUACAGAACUGUCACCCGAUCAGCCUGCCAUAGUGUUCGUGCCGAACAGAAAGCAGACGAGAUCAACUGCUCGAGACGUACUGACAGCUUGUUUGGCCGAUGACGAUGAAGAUCGAUUUCUUCAUGUGGACGUUGACCAAUUACGACCACUUCUAGAGCGUGUUCACGAAGAGGCUCUAGCUGAGGCCUUAUCUCAUGGCGUUGGGUACUACCACGAGGCUCUUAGCCAGAACGACAAACGUAUCGUCAUGCAUCUUUACAAUCAGGGUGCAAUUCAACUUCUGAUUGCUUCUCGUGAUACGUGCUGGGAGCUUAACUGCGCGGCACACUUAGUGAUCGUGAUGGGUACACAGUAUUUCGAAGGUCGUGAACAUCGAUAUGUUGAUUAUCAACUGAGCGAAGUGCUGCAGAUGCUUGGCAAAGCGCUUCGCCCUUCCCCCAACGGUCGAAGUCGCGCUGUCCUCAUGACCUCAGCUGUCAAGAGGGAAUACUUCAAAAAAUUCCUCAACGAAGCCCUACCGGUGGAGUCGCAUCUACAUAACUACGUACAUGAUGCAUUCGUCACUGAAGUCAGUACAAAAAUGAUCGAGUCAACUGAAGAUGCCAUUAACUGGACAACCUUCACGUAUUUCUAUCGUAGGCUCCUAGCAAAUCCAAGCUAUUAUAGUCUUACCAGUCCCACUCAUGAUGGCCUGAGUAAUUAUCUAUCAGAUCUAGUUGAGACAACCAUCAAGGAACUCACAGAAUCCAAGAUAAUCGACUUUGACGAAGAUGACGGCUCUGUGACUCCUCAGAAUGCGGCAAUGAUUGCAGCAUACUAUAAUCUUUCGUACAUUACGAUGCAAACCUUCCUCUUGUCACUCAGCGCGAAAACGAAGCUGAAGGGUAUUCUCGAAAUUGUCACGUCGGCAGCAGAAUUCGAAUCCAUUCAGAUCCGGCGUCAUGAAGAUAGUUUGCUUCGGCGUAUAUAUGAUAGAGUGCCGAUCAAGAUGUCGGAGCCAGCAUAUGACUCUCCACAUUUUAAAGCAUUCGUACUUCUGCAAGCUCAUUUCUCUCGGAUGCAACUCCCUAUCGACUUGUCAAAGGACCAGGAGAUGAUAGUUUCCAAGGUACUCAGUCUUAUUAGCGCGACCGUAGACGUCCUUUCGUCAGAUGGGCAUCUUAAUGCCAUGAAUGCCAUGGAAAUGUCUCAGAUGGUGGUCCAGGCAAUGUGGGAUCGCGAUAGCCCUCUGAAACAGAUCCCUCACUUCUCUCCAGAUGUCGUCAAAGUAGCCAAUGAGUUCGGAAUCAACGAUAUAUUCGACUUCAUGGAAGCAAUGAACCCAGAAGAGAAUGCUGAUUAUUCAACUUUUGUGAAACGACUAGAGUUGUCACAAACCCAAUUGGCGCAAGCUGCAGCUUUCACUAACACAAAGUAUCCCGACAUCUCAUUAGAGUUUGAAGUGUUGGACGAGAACAGCAUCCAUGCGGGAGAGCCGGCUUACUUGAAUGUGCAGAUUGAGCGAGAGGUUGAGGAUGAAGAGGGCGAGGUAGACACAACAGUCCACGCUCCCUUCUAUCCCACUAAAAAGAUGGAGAAUUGGUGGCUCGUUGUCGGUGAAGAGAGCACAAAAACACUUCUUGCUAUCAAGAGGGUUACCAUAGGGCGCCAGCUGAAGGUGCGCCUCGAGUACACGGUGCCAACACCUGGCCACCAUGAUCUCAAGCUCUUCCUAAUGAGCGAUAGCUACAUUGGCGUGGAUCAGGAACCAACAUUCUCUAUCGAGGUAGCAGAGGGCAUGGAUGUUGACGAGGAUGAGGAUGAGGAGGACGAUGAGUAGUAUAGUAUUGGGUGUCUAACAACGUGUGGCUUGCCCAACUUAUCUUGUAACUGAACUUACUUUGUAUUUGACCCAACAUAGAGGACAAGAAGGGAUGAGGUCUCCGGAACAACAGGAUUUUGGCAAAUGCCCCUGCAGGCUGGCGUUGGAUAUGGUCAGCCCCUAUCCUUGCUUAGGACAGGGAAACAAAAA